CCCUGCUAAUAUUGACCAUGCGGCCAUAAGCCAAAGGCAGAGACUGUCACCCCUCCAUUCUAAACGCCCGCGGUCCUUAUCAUCUCCGACGAUCAAAUGGCCCACUGGCGAGAGGAAUACUCCGCCGCUUUAACGGCACGAGAUAGACGGGAGAAGGCCAAUGUUGGUUUGUACAAUGCCUAUACCCAACUUGCGGAUCGUACAGCAAAAGCUGUCCCCACUUCCGCAGAUGCCCAACAACACACACGUGCCACAUCUCCAGCAGGCAAACCUGCAGGAAAUCCACUGAGGCGCCCAGACUCUUCUUUGCAGGAUGCGUUAACUGCGACAAGGGCGGAUCUGACUGAGGCGCAACGCUCGCGUGCUGAGCUGCAGGACCGGCUGGCUCGUAUAAGCGCUGAUUUGGAAAAGCUUCGAAAACGGAGUGCCCAGGAUGGAAAGCGGAUAAAUGCGCUAGAAGGCGAGAGAACACACUUACAGUUGCGCCUGAAGGAUAGAGACGAGGAGCUGAGGGGCAAGGCCAAAUUACUAGAUGACUUCCAAGAUGAAUUGGCAACACUAAACUUGCAGCUUAAUAUGGCCGAGGAGCAAUCAAAUCGGCUGCAGCGCGAGAACCAAGAAUUAGUUGAUCGCUGGAUGGCCAGGAUGGGCAAGGAAGCGGAAGCUAUGAACGACGCUUCUAGGUACUCAUAGGGUCGGCAAUCUACUUAUGAACUUGCGCUGGUCACUGUAUCGCUCUACAUGCAUCGGGGUGAUUGAAUUGAAAUCCCGCAUCCCCUCUUUGAGACUGUACCAAAAGAACAAAAUAGGAAGCACCAACCAUUGUUUCGUUCACUCAACGGUCACUCAAAACUCUUUUACUCCUCAACACUUCUAUCGGCCUUUUUCCUCUCAUAUCUGCAUCCUGCAAACCCAAAGAGUUUCCACCCAAGUUAUCAGUUGUCAUGGAGGGCCCCUACAACGAUUCGACUAUAGAGGUAUCGUUCGUUUGACUACAGCUGCCACCGGAUAUCCUGAACCUAGUCAUGGAGUACCUUAGCAGCGAUAUUAUUUCCCUGCGAUCAACUGUCUUAGUAAAC